GCUAAGAAGGGUUCCCACGAGAAACUCGAGAAGGCGUUAGCUCGCAGGGCGGUGCUCGAUAAGGAAGCCGACGAGUUCGACGCUCACCUGCAUGACCUCAUGACGAAGGAUAUGUCCAAUCCCGAGGUGCCGGCGCAGGCCACCAGGAUCAUGGCGAGUGGGGUCUUCAAGCAGCCAGAGCUUGACGUCUCGGGGCCAGCGUUCAGUUGGGAGGAUCGUGGCGGCUUCGAGGCCUUCAAGACGCAUUACCUGGAGCAUUUGGGCGAGUAUGAGAAGCGCAUGGGCGAGAUGCGCAAGAAGCGCAAGACCGACACGGGUGAUGCGGCACAG